AUGGAAUCACCCGGGCAAAAAGCGCUAAAGCAAGCUGGACGCAAUAGAACAGAGACGGAUACCGACGAAGAUGACGACGCGCUGGAAGACGAAGUGGAUAAUGAUGAACUUUUGGCCAAUGAUCAGGAAGAAAAUGACGCUGAAGUGGCCUCUGAAGAGAAGGAGACAGAAGCAGAUGCUAUCGAGAGGAUAACCGAAGAGAUCACGGAGCGGUGCGAAGAGACUAUGGACAAGUUGACUGAGGCGUUGGAACUGUUUGAAGAGAUUCCUGUUCGCAAAAUCGAUGUGGAAGCAGGAGGAAAAGUCACAUGGAUUCGAUACCGGCUAGUGAAGGUAACGUACCGGGACGCGCACAUUCUAACUUGUUUUGUCAGUCUUUUGUUUGGAACAGACACUGAAGUCGGUGAAUGUAACGGUUACCAUUGGGUGGUGGGAUGGACCAAAGUGAAACGAAUUUGUCUUCAUGGUUAA